AUGAACCGAGAACAGAGAAAGCGAAUUACCCAAAAUAUCACCAAUCUGAAGGAACGACUGGUAGAUCUAGAUCCCAUCAUUGACAGACUGAUAGAAAAAGAUGUGUUCACCCUGGAACACCGUGAGCGGAUAGAACAUGUCAGCCCUGCGACUCCACAGAAGAAGUUCAAUGAGUUUAUCCAGCUUCUGUUGUCCUCUCCGGAACCUAACACGUAUUUUGUGUUUCUGGAAGCCUUGACGGAGGAGAGACAUCAUUACAUGGCGGAGAGACUACAGAAUACCGUCAUCAGCGGGACUUCCCCAGUUCGCAAUUCCUACAGCAGGGACCGUUCCCGAUCACGCGUCACCUCAGCCAUGAGUAGGAGGUCCUACGAUCACUCGGGUGCAUCAGGAGCAGCGGGGUUCAAUUAUGGUGGCGGAGCCGCUGCAUUAGAACAAGUGAUGUCUCGUCUGCUGUCAGACUUUGGCGGGAAAAUAAAUUCCAACAUUUCCAAUACUAUACAGAAAAUGCGAGCAGAAGACAAACAAGAGAUGGAAAAGAGAAUGGAUGAAAAACUGGCUUCGUUCAAAAAAGAAUGGGAAGAUGAAAAAUCUUCCAUGCUAAAGAUGAACGAAUCUGCUAUUAGAAACUUACAAACAAGUGUCGAGAAAUUGAGAAGGUCAAAUGAAGAAUAUAACAGACUGUCCGAAAAAUAUGAGAAACUGAAAGAAAUGCAGAAGGAAAUGCGCGAAAAAGAGAAUGAAAGAUGGCAGAGACUGUCACAAUCCAAUGCAGAGAAAGCACAGCUGAAAAUAGCCAAUGAAGACUUAAAGACACAACUUCAAAAUCUACAAGAGAAAGUAGCCAGUUUGGAGGGCGAGAAUAACCGGCUGAAAGAAAAAGACAGUCAGAAUCAGAUAGAUUUAGAACACCUCGCCAUAGAAAAUAAAACCCUGAUCCAGGAACUGGACGAGAAGGACAAAGAACGCCUGUCCCUGAAGAAGGAGGUGGAAAUGGCGUACAGUCGCAUCAGCGACGUGGUCAAAUUCCAGAGGGAAAAAUCCGAGCUGGAAGACGUCACCUACAAGAGCGCUCUAGAAAAGCAGUCAGAGAAACUGAACGAAAUAUUUGAGGUGGUAAAUUCAAUGAAUACCAAAGACAGACCAAGACUAUCAUCUCGUAGUUUGUACAUUGGGGGAAGUGGAAUGAAAACUCCGAAUAAACCUGAGAAGAAGUGAGACCGGGUGUUUUUGAAAAUAACUACAUAGAAGGAUAUCAGACAAUAUAUACAUUUCUGAAUUAUUUCCCUCUCAAUACUUUAAAGGUUCGGAAUUUGGAUAGUACGGAAACAGGUUUAACCAAAUAUUGAUUCAAGAAUGAGCAAAAUGAAGAAUGAAAUACUCGUGUAUUCACCUUUUUCUGAUGACAUUUGUAAUUAAUCUGCAUGACUUCAAAAUGCAGCGGGGUUCAAUUUCAUAUAU